AUGUACCAGAUCCCCCCCAAGCGAGAUUGCUCUGUGGUCUAUCCUCAAAAAGUGGUCUGGGUGUCAACACGGACGAGAGACUUCAAGCGUAAUGAGCAGAGGCUGAAAUACCAGGGCCAUGUUUCGCAAGCCUUCCAGACAUAUGGCCGGCAGCCUAGGAAAAGAGGCACCAUCAACCAUCAACGACGCCGAUGUGCGCGGAUUGGUGGCGCUGCUUUUGGAGCGCUCAAAUGUUCCAUGCCUCCAUGCCUCCAUGUCUCCAUGUCUCCAUGUCCUUCUGCAGACCACGUGGUGGACUACUGUAGGAACUAG